AUGAUGUUUCCCUGGAUCCCAAGUUUGUGUUUCCUGACUGUCUGUUCCAGUUUGCGCAUCGUGGAUCUGACCCACGAACAGAACCAUGCCACCAUAUACUGGCCGGGGAAUCCUUCAUAUAACUUCACUAUCAUAUACAGAAACAGCACAAAUGGGGGAUAUUGGUACGAAAGCAACUCCUUCGCCACAGCUGAGCACGGGGGAACACACGUUGAUUCUCCCGCCCAUUUUUACCAGGGAGGAUGGCGAACCCAGCAAAUUCCAAUGGAAAAGUUGGUUGGGAAAGGAGUUAUCAUCAAUGUUAAAGCAAAGGUGUCCGCAAACUACGACUAUCAAGUCACCGUCCAGGAUAUCAUGGACUGGGAAAACUCCCAUGGACAGAUCCCAGACGGAGCGGUUGUCCUGAUGAACUCGGGCUGGAGUGACAAAUAUCCGGAUAAGAACGCAGUCUUCAGCACGACGACUCCUAAUGAUCCUAACACUUUUCACUUCCCCGGUUGGCAUGUGGAUGCUGUAACUUGGCUAACUAAAAAUAGAAAAGUACACGUUAUUGGUGUGGACACACCCUCUACCGAUUACGGACAAUCAAAAACUUUUCCGACUCACGUAGUACUUGGUAAAAAUAACAUUAUUGGAGUAGAGAAUGUUGGUUUCUUAGACAGGAUACCGGAAAGUGGGAGUACUAUUUUUGUUGCUGUUGUAAAAUUAUCAGAUGGAAGUGGUGGACCAGCAAGGGUAUUUGCUAUGAUCGAUGAAAAUCAAUGCACAUCCGGAAGUGACUCUCAUUUCCGUCACGUAUUAUCAGUUAUUCUGAUAAUGCUUAUUUUUGGUCUGUUUAACUUAUAGCCCAACAAUGAAAAAUCCAAAUUGACUAGCCUCUCUAUUGAUCUGAUUUUGUAAUCAAGAUUUCAUACAAAAUGUCAAUCAAAUGAUUUUUUACUCGUGCCUAGUAAAGUAUAUAUUGCUACUUCCCUCCAUAGAAUCUUGUAUACUCGAAAAAUCGUGCUUGUUCAUUAGAAAUGUGGAUGACAGGGUCUACCUCUGUCAGUUUUCAGCAUCUCCAAAAGUUAUAAACGAAGUUCGGUGAAAAGUAAAUGAAGGAAACGAUAUUGUAAAUAAUAAGGUCCCCUCUCCAUUUUUGCUUUAGUGUUAAGGGUGAAACCUUUAAAAAUUGAAGCUAUAUAAUGAGCCAAAAGCACAUAUUUUUUUUAAGAUAAUUAUAUUAUAAAGCUAACAAGAGGCCCAUGGGCCACAUCGCUCACCUGAGCACACGGGCUAGGAAGAAGCAGAAAUCGGUUCAGUAUUGAAAAGUUUUAAGGGGGUAAACUUAAAUUUAAACUACCUUAGGAUGCUUCUAUAUCAAUAUUACUAAUCAUGGGUUUGCUGUUCUCAAAACGGAAGAAUUUCAAAGAUUUUUUUCCUAUGUAUUCCUAUGUAAAACUCUGAUUGCUCAUUGUGGUCCCACCCUACCCACCCUAAAUUUGAAUCAACACUACCUGAGGAUACUUCUACUAUAAUAUGACUAAUCAUGGCUUUCCUAUUGUCGAGAAGAUUUUAAAAGACGUAUCUUAUAUAUUCCUAUGUAAAACUUCGACCCCCUUGGAGCCCCGCCCUAGCCCCGGGGGUUAUGAUAUUAACAAAGUUGAAUCUAGAGUAUAUUCUCUUGCCCAGUGGUUCUUGAGAAGAAGAUUUUUAAAAGAUGCCACCAAAUUUUCAUGAAUUCUUAGUUAUCUCCCCUUGAAAGAGGGCGUGGUACUUCCUGUGAAGAAACUUAAAUUCCCUUCACCCAAGGAUACUUUGUGGCAAGUUUGGUUGAAAUUGGCCCAGUGGUUCUUGAGAAGAAGUCAAAAAUGUGAAAAGUUUACAGACGACAGACGGACGCCGGACACUCUUUGAUCAGAAAAGCUCAUUUGAGCCUUCGGCUCAGGUGAGCUAAAAAUAAAAAUUUAUGAAAAAUAACGUAGUUUUGACAAACGCAUUGUACUGCAAAAAUACAUAUGCCGGGAAAAAAUAAAGGUCGCAUUUACGUAUCGUUGUUAUCAUCCAUGUCAACAUUACUAGACUUUUUGUAUACUUUUUUGAAGAUUUACCAAAUUCCCAGUGGUAGAUUUUCGUAUUAGA